ACACUGCAGGCAAAACGGUCUGUCACUUUGGAAAAAACUAGAACACAAAAUCACUUCACGCAGGAAAAUAACAAACGCUACAAAAGCUUAAACUCAACUGAUACUGCACAAACCUACGUACUCACUCAUGAUUACUAAGCGCUUGGGUCACACAGAAAACAAUGGACAAGGGCGAUGUGGAUGACUGAUACAAACAAAUGCAAGGCGGCACACUAGCAAAUGAUGAAUGAACUGGACAGAACUUCAAUCUACAUGCAAAUUAACAAUAAUGAGAAACACCUGCGUUCGUAGGCGUGACCCGAGAGAAACAAGAGGGUGGGACGAAGCGUGUGUGACAGGUAGAAGCUAGACAGGUAAACAUGGAUGCAUACAUGUAAUGAGCAACACAUACGGAAAACAACCGGAAAUGUAAAGACAAAGACUAAAUAAACUCAUACCUGCGACCACAGGACUGAGAAAAGAGAGGCUGUUAAAACCAAGAAAACAGACAAACCAGGAUGAUAACAACAAACAGCUCAUACCUGCGCACUUACAAGACUGUGGGAACAAACACCUGUUGAGAACAAGGACCAAGUAAACCAGUUUCUUGGAUGACGUCUGGUGGGAAAACUGGGGAACGGCAGGACCCUCGGGUCACAGGUGGAGAUUUUAGACCAAAAUGCAUAUGAUUCUGUGUGUAGAUGAGUUUUACUGUGCAUUUGGGGUCAGACUGCACUGAGAUGUUUUAUUUUUACAUCCUGUCACUGCGUCAGUGCAGCAGCAUUUACGGACUAUGAUGCUGCAGAUGGAUUAAUGAAGGAAACCUGGCUAAAAUAACGUGAUUUAAUGGAACGUUUGGAACAAACAAGAUUGCACUGACCCCGAUGAAGGUAAUUUAUGGCCGCAAUAACGGACGACCGAGGACUUUGACAACGGGGGAGUGUUUUUUGGAAGAGUGAUAUGGGCGGUGUUUAGGGGCUAAAGCUGCUUCAGCCUCUUAUCUGUGUUAAUGGGCACCAUUACCUGUGGUUUAAGACGGGAACAAGCCGAAGGUCUAAAGUCGCUGAAGCCCCCAGCGCCUGAUGAAGAACUCCUCCCAGAUUCCUGGUAUGUGACCACCGCUCUGGUGGUCACACCUGUCUGUCUUGCUCCUGCUGACAGUAAUGUAGUUGGACGAGAACAACCUGCUGUUGAAGACUAGUACCUUCAUGUUACAUUUGGGACGAAAAUUCAGCUUUAAUGGAGAAUAAAAGGAAACUCCUCCAAAGCGUCUUCAUCAUCUUCAUGGGAGUAGUGGUCUUCUUCUCCCUCUUGAUCAGCUUUGAUAAUAGAUUGAACAGCCCUAAUGGUUCCAGUCAACCAGUAAUGGUAUCACCACAAUCAAAACUAGACCAGUGGAAGGAUCCUGGCCCGUAUCAUGUGGCCUAUCCAAGAAACUACAGAUUCAUUAUGGAUGAUACAGCAACAUGCAGGAACAGGACUCCUUUUCUGCUCUUGAUGGUCCCAGUUGCACCCAGUGACGUGGAGGCACGGGACACCAUCCGGAAGACAUGGGGCAGUGAGAAGUCGGUUCUGGGCCAGACGGUUGAAACCCUCUUCAUCCUGGGCCUGCCAGGAGGACCUGAUCACGAGCAGCAGCAAGAGAAGCUCCAUCAGGAGAACCUGCAGCACCGUGACCUGAUCCAAGGCAGGUUCCAGGACACCUACCGCAAUCUGACCAUCAAGACCAUGCUCACGCUGGAGUGGCUCUCCCUUUACUGCACCAAGGCUUCCUAUUACAUGAAGAUUGAUUCUGAUAUGUUACUGCAUGUCCCCAAUUUGGUCAAGUUGCUGCUGGAUCCUAAAACACCCAAACAAAAGUACAUGUCAGGCCUUGUGUGGUGGCACAGCCCAGUUAUAAGGAACCCUUUUAACAGGUUCUAUAUGCCAGCACGUGUGUUUGCUGAGCCAGAGUACCCUCCUUACCCCCUGGGCAUGGCCUAUGUCAUGUCCCUGGAUCUGCCCGCGAAGCUUCUGCAAAUGUCCUCUCAGAUUAAACCCAUCUACAUUGAGGAUGCGUAUCUGGGCAUGUGCCUACAGCGCCUGGGCAUCGCUCCCACCGAUCCUCCUGAGGACACCAUGUUUUUAGUCCUCCCCAAACACCCACCGAGCAACUGCCGCCUUUCCAAAGUGAUCGCCGUGACGACGGAGAGCAGGCAGCAGAUGAUGAGUUACUGGCAAAAGAGCAAGCGACUGGAAGCUGAAUGCUGAAGUGUUUGAUCAGGUGUUUACAAUGCGUUUACAAUGGUCCUGUAAUGAACCCAGACAGACCAACAAUGGGUUACAGGAGGAGCGAGCUGUUGAUCACUACUGGCCUCAGAUACUCUUCCCAACCAAUCAGAGCAUUUGGGGGCGGGGCCUAAGACUUCUAGCACACACUGAACUGGACCCAAAUAGAAUAAAAGGUGUAUUAUGUGGACAUUAUCAAUUUAAAUCUUAUUUGAAUGGCAAAGUUAAUGGAAACAAAGCAUUAACUGUUAAUUAAUCUGAAUUAGCUGAAUCACCGUAGUACUUUGAAUCUGAAGUAUCACUCAUGCAAAACAGACUGUGGAUGCCAGUAAAUCACCCAGCGGAGGGAGACUUGGGCAGAAUGCAUUGGAUGCAGCGUGUGGGAGAAGUAUCAACAGAAGCAGAACAGAAGAUAGACUUGAAACCUCCCCAGUCCAGCAGCGCUGGAGUUCUGCUCUUCUCUCACAAUGUAUUGAUCCUGACGACCAGAAGAGGGCAGGCCGACGCCACAGUGAACCUGCACCCAACCUACAGACAUGUAGGAACUAUUUAUUUGGCUUCGUUUAGCAUUUGUCGGUUGCUUCCACGCUGAGGACAGGUGAAUGAUGGAAAUAUAAUGAAGCUGGGAGUUCAGCUACAUUCACACGGUCCAUGGAACAGAAGUUACAUUACUUUUUCCUUUUUUAUAUGAAUGAGAUGUUUAUUAAACACAUGUUCCUCA